AUGUUGCCCGAGUUCUCUACCCUUCCUGGUGAUGCCUCCAAGGAAUACACUACCUAUGGCCCAGAGAACAGCGAGAUCCCAAUAAACACCAAGAGCGAACCUGCAGCUGAGGAGGACGACGAUGACGUUGACCUCUUCGGCAGUGAGGACGAGGACCCAGACGUCGUUGCUACGCGAGAGCGUAACCUUGCUGCCUACCGGGAGAAGAAGGCCGCCAAGCCCAAGCCAGUUGCCAAGUCCAUCGUCACCCUCGACGUCAAGCCAUGGGACGAUGAGACCGACUUGGCCGAGCUUGAGGCUAAGGUACGAUCCAUCGAGAAGGAUGGUCUCGUCUGGAGCGGUUCCAAGCUUGUCGCCAUUGGCUUCGGUAUCAAGAAGCUCCAAAUCAACUUUGUCAUCGAGGACGAGAAGAUCUCUGUCUCCGACUUGCAGGAGGAGAUUGAGGGCUUCGAGGACCAUGUCCAGUCCACCGAUAUCGCUGCCAUGCAAAAGCUUUAA